ACAGCAAACACCACCUGCACUCCACGUCAAAAACAGCAGCUCUUCUUUGCAGGUGAAUAAUUCAGUUUGCUAUAAAGAUGUCGGACACUGCUGCUGUUCCGCUCUCUAACACCAGGAAUGGCUACACCAUUGUGACCCAAGUGAUCUCCCCACCAACAUCAACUGAACCUGGGCAAAUGAUCUACACUGUAGGCCCACUUCAGAAGUUUCUGAAAGGAAAACCAAAAUUAUUAGGAAGUAUUCAAAUAAUGAUUGGUUUGUUGAAACUCUUGCUUGGUUUUGUGAUGUUCUUCAAUUCUCUUGCGUUCACUGUCUCCAACGGAAUUCCAUUUUGGUGUGCUUUGAUGUAUGUCAUGAGUGGCUCUCUGGCUGUUUCAGCAAGUAAAAACCUUCAUCGCUGUGUGGUGACGAGUGCUCUGGUGAUGAAUGUGAUAAGCACAAUAACUGCAGCAAUAACGAUCACAUUGUUUUCACUGGUUUUGGUACUAGCAGGAGGGUUUACGCGUUGCUACUAUGGUUGUUCAAUGGUAAGAUUUUUUUAUUUGUUAUGACAUGACAAUCAAUUGUAUAUCACAUCCUUAUAUUUGAUUGACAGUCAGAGACCACCCUGCAUUAAAUUAAUUUCCAGAGGAAAUGACAGUUAAAUACAAGUAAUUAAUUUUUCAGGAGAUAUUUCUAGACUUCUAGAUUACAUAUGAAAUUCAAGAUAAUUUAAGAAGUUGAGACAGGGCAACAAUAAGCUGGAAAAGUAAGUGGUACCAAUAAAAAAAGCUAGAGGAGCAAUUUGCAACUA